AUGAUGAGACGACUACUGUUGUUUCUCUGUAUCUUUCAUCUGGCUAUUUGUCGGCGUACAAAACGUCUAUAUUUGAUGGACACAGAUUUUGCUUUAUUUAAAUUGGAACACCAUCAGUUCUCGAUUUACGCGGAAGAAAGGGAUAAUCUUGUAUAUCAAAUAGAAUCCAAUAAUUUUUCUAGUGCUAACAUUCUAGCAUAUCCAUCGAAGCAAAUCGUGGGCAAGCUCCAGCAUCAUGCAUAUGGUAAAGAGAUUGAAGUAGCUGUGGAAGUUUUUGAUAAUCAAACUCAACGAUGGCAGAAAGGCGAGAUGGUUUAUACACCUCUUGGUUGGCUGAACGAUAAAGUCGAUAUUGAAUGGAAUGGACAAGCGUUAAAAUACAUUCGUCAGCCGGAUGAAGUGUCUGGAGCGUUUUUCAAACCUCCUGAUACAGUCUUGGCUGAACUUCAAUGUCUGAGCCAUAGACGUCGUGCAGAGUAUGAAGUAGAAAUAUACUCAAAUGAGAUUCCAGAUCCGGCUUAUCUGCUUUUUAUCGCAGCACUCACGGAAAUCAUCAGACCAUCUGGAAAAGGAAAAUAA